CGGGCCAACUGCACGGCCUCAAUUGUCAACAUGAUAUCAUCGGGGACGACAAAGAGCCAUUACCCAUUCAAUCAUCAAUAAAGAGACAGACAACGGUUUCAUCAUUUGCAUCAGCCAGGCACACUACAGUCACCACAGCACACCAUGUCAGACAUCAUCGAGAACAUCAAAGACGCCAUCAACCCCAGUCGGCGUGAUUCAGCCACCGUCGAGACUUACGACCCUCAAAAGCGAGGACCAUAUGCGGACAAAAGCUCAGCCGGCGAUGGCCAACCUGAAUUAAAGCCCCCGGCCAGUAGUGAGGCGCAAGACCCUGGCAGGGCAGAACAGACGGAUCUCAGCGGCGGUGGUGGAUCUAUCACGAGCCAGGGCGUCAACACUGGGAGCGAGUCGGGCAAGAAAACAACAAGCGGCACCGGCUUUGGGGCACCACAAGGCACGUAUGGCCCACACAAGUCGCGCGUGGGCAAUGCGCUUGACCCCCGCGUCGACUCGGACCGUGACGGCCGUCCCAACUAUGGACUGAGCGACUAUGGCGAGGGGGCGGCGAAGCCGGUGCAUGAGGGGAAGAAUUAUGGGUUGUCGUGAGAGAUCACAGGGGUAUCUUCUUGAAGGUCGGGGCGCUUACGCGGGUUGCAUCGAGAUGUGGCAUUUGGGAACUCAAGGAAAGAGCAAACAUUCGAAAUAGCAGAGUGGAAUAUUGUACUGGCGUCUGGCGUUUAUUCGGUUAGGGCCAUCAUAUGCAUAGUUCAGGUUGGGAUCAUAUGUCUUCCAACGGAAUCAAGUUAAGAUUGAAACCU